UAGAAAGUUCUCUUUCUAUAAAUUAAAGAGCAUGCAUAUUAAAUGGACGACCUUCAAUUGACCGCAUUCUAAAAAUGAUUAUUUAAGUUCAACCAUUCCAUAUAUUUUGAUCAUCCCAAAAUCCUCCGUAAGAAAACUUGUUUGUAGAUCUCUUAUAUUAUUGUUUAGCUUGUGUAUCUGUUGAAGCCUGCUGAUCCCUACACAUAACUCGGAUUGCAUAAGCUAAACAAUAAUAUAAGAGCUCAAAUUCUAUCGCAAGCUUCACGUUUGCAUGGCCUUCAGGAGAAUUUCUUCGCUUCCAGCAUCAAAGCAGGCUGUGCGGAGCAUUCACUCUCGUGUCCUGAGACCAGACGCCUCCUCCUCCUCCGCCUCCGCGGUCUCGUCUGUAGAUAUCCCUGGAAAGCAACAGGAUCCCAACACUAAGGUUUUGGUGCCCUCCUGCACUGUGGUUGAGAAUGGCAGGGGGUUAUUUGCCUCCAAGUCCAGUGCAAAACUUCUUAAGUCUUUUUUGACUCUUGAAAUGGCGGCCUCGGAGCCUUUUGUGGAUUUGGGCACCUGGAUUUAUUCAUCUAGGUUGAUGAAGAGUCCUUUGUUUCGUCAGAUGGUGUUCGGGGUUACCAAGGUUACGUUUUUUGAUCAUUUUGUAGCGGGGACUAAUAAUCAGGAGGCUGGAGAGACGGUGAAGAUGCUUUGGAAUGAAGGGAUUAAAGGAAUGUUGGAUUAUGGAUUAGAACAUGCAUUUGAUAAUGCUUCAUGUGAUAAGAAUAUGGAGGCUUUUAUUGAGACAAUUGAAUCAACAAAAUCACUCCCGCCAUCUUCUGUAAGUUCUGUUGUGGCAAAGGUCACAGCGAUCUGUCCCAUUGAUUUGCUUAGACGAAUGAGCGAUUUGCUGAGAUGGGAAUACAAGGAAAGGAGCUACAAUCUCCCAUGGAAGAUGAAUACUCUUCCAUUAUUAUCUGAAUCAAGUCCUUUGUACCACACUCUCCAAAAGCCAGAGCCAUUAUCUUUACAAGAAGAGAGAGAUCUUGAAUUAGCCUACAAUAGGCUGCAAAAAAUAAUUCAAAAAUGUCACGAUGCCAAUGUGCCUUUGGUUAUUGAUGCAGAGGAGACCUGGAUCCAACCUGCCAUUGACUAUUUCACAUACUCUGCGUCAAUCAUGCACACUACAGUUGAUUCUCCACUGAUUUACGGAACAAUCCAAGCCUACUUAAAAGAUGCACAUGAAAGAUUGGUUUUGGCAAAGAAAGCUGCGGAUAAGAUGAGAUUGCCUAUGGGUGUUAAGUUGGUGAGGGGAGCUUAUAUGUCGGCUGAAAGCCAAGUAGCAGCUUCUUUAGGCUAUGAAUCUCCGAUUCAUAAUAGCAUUAGGCAUACUCAUCGUUGUUACAACGAUUGUGCUUCUUUUAUGCUCGACGAGCUUGCCAAGGGCCCUGGAUCACUUGUUCUUGCCACUCAUAAUUGCGAGUCUGGAAAAUUGGCUGCCACAAAAGCAAUCGAUUCAGGGAUGGGAAAGGACGCACAGAAGCUUCAAUUUGCUCAAUUAUAUGGAAUGUCAGAAAUUAUGAGUUAUGAACUGAAGAAAGAAGGAUUCCAAGUGAGCAAGUAUUUACCAUUUGGACCUGUUGAGCAGAUUAUGCCUUACCUUGUACGCAGAGCCGAAGAAAACAAAGGGGUGUUAUCUACUUCUAGCCUAGAUAGAGAACUUAUGAAGCAGGAACUCCAGAGGAGACUAAGAGCUGCAUUUCUAAGGAGAUAGAAGAAAAAAAUGUAAAUGGAAAAGCUUCUAAACCAAAGUAAAAUUUUGUAAUUAAGUUUGGUUGUUCAUAUAACUUUUGGUACUUAGAGAAAAAGGCCGUCUGUGGUUUAGUGGGACUGUCCAUUUGAAAUUAAAUUUUGUAUGUUGUCAUUUUUCUUUAAUCCAAUAUCUUUUUUAUCCAAAAAAUCAGUAUAUCAGUGUUU